AAGAUCAUUUCGAUCCGCAUACUAAGUAAUCCAUGCUCAUAAUGAUAUAAAUACGAUAUACACCGAAGUUAACAUCAUAUUCAUAACUGAAUUCGACAAAUUCGAGAAAUAUGCCUCCAAAACCUGUUGUUGGAAAGAAAGGUGAAAAGAAAGCCGGCAAGAAGGCCGCUCUUGGUGACAAGAAGAAGAGAAGAUCUAAGAGAAAGGAAUCCUAUGCCAUCUACAUCUACAAAGUCAUGAAGCAGGUCCAUCCUGACACUGGUAUCUCCAGCAAGGCCAUGAGCAUCAUGAACUCCUUUGUCAACGAUGUCUUCGAACGCAUCGCUGGUGAAGCUUCCCGCCUCGCUCACUACAACAAGAAAUCCACCAUCACAUCUCGGGAAAUCCAGACGGCUGUUCGUCUUCUUCUCCCUGGUGAGCUGGCCAAGCACGCAGUCAGUGAAGGCACCAAGGCUGUCACCAAGUACACCAGCAGCAAGUAAACAGUUCCAAACUGUUUACAACACAAAACAACGGCUCUUUUAGGAGCCACCACAUAAUAACAAAGAUCAUGGUCUUAUGCAAUGUCUUUCGCUUUCUUUAAAUGCUUUGAAAAAGGCGCCAUUUUGCCAAACACUAUUAGGAUACGCGAGUUUCCUUACUAUAAUCAGAAGAGUGUCUCAUUUCUUAUAGUUUUAAUAAAUUCCACUGCGGCAGUUUAGAUUAAACUUUUUAUGUGAGUAA